AUGCAUGGCUUCAAUUUCCUUUAUAUAGUAUGGCUUUUGAGCCACGUGGUGAUAGCUGAUGACGAAGUGGAUGGAUCUAGCAUAUACGAGAACAGGGGAUAUCCCAUCAGAGACUUCCAACUCGUCGCUCCAUACGCCACGUCAGGUCAUUGGGAUUUUGUGGGAGAUGCUUUACUAACUUCCAACAAACUUCGGUUAACACGUAAUGAAAACAGUCUCAGAGGAUCCAUUUGGAGUCGUAAUACUGUCACUGUCCGUGAUUGGGAAUUGAUAGUUGGCUUCCGUGUUUCCGGAGAGUCCACUCCUGCUGAUGGUCUUUCCAUAUGGUAUACUCAGCACACCGGAACUGGAAGUGCUUAUGGAGCUCCGGAACUGUUUUCCGGAAUCGGAGUUGCUGUUGACACAUAUCCAAAUCGAAAAAAUGGAGUUUUCACUAAAGCUGACGUCAUUACUCUGUUCAAUGAUGGAACGAAGAAGUAUGACGACAGUAAGGAUGGCUUGAAUCUAGCUCCCUCCGGUGAUAUUUCCUGCAAUUUUGAUUUUGCUCUGCGUGAUGGUGUUGAUAUCAGAACUAAAAACGCUUCAAUGAUCAUGAUUCGUUAUACAAACAACGUAUUAAGUAUUUAUCACAGUGGCAGGGGGGACACUUGGUCUUUAUGUAACUCAUACAACGAAAUGUAUCUUCCAAUCAAUUAUCAUCUCGGGUUGUCAGCUUCUACAGGUGACUUGAAUAGCAGUCAUGAAAUUCUCUUCCUCAAGUUGUAUCAACUUCAAAACACUGACUCGAAGCCAGCUGUGGCAUCCCCUCAAUAUCAAGGAUCUGUUGGCAAUGUGCCUGAGAAUGUAAAUGAGCCAGGAAGCGGAGUCUUCACCUUCUUCAAAUGGGUAUUCUAUCUGGGUAUCGUAGCCGUUCUUCUGGUUGUUGCUUUCUUCGGAUGGAAAGAGUAUAGCUCACGUAGAAACAGAAAGAGUCGUUUCUACUAA